AUGGCAAGAAAUACUAAUUUCGGUGAGAAUCACCAAGGACUUCAAGUCGAAAAUAACCAAGGGUCAAUUACAUUCAACCAGUGUAAGACUAAGCUCCCAAAAUCAACAGCGCUGUGCGCAACUGACCGACGCUUAGCCCAAAGUUGCGAAGAAAUCGAUCGAUUGUGUCUUCGAAACCUCCGCUGCCCAGACCCACGGCUUGCGAAGAACAGACUGAAGGAGAGCAAGGACAAAUUGCUUGCUGAAUCCUUUGAAUGGAUUCUCCAGGACCAGAAGUACCAAAGUUGGCGGGACGGCGAUGAAGUCUGCCUACUUUGGAUUAAGGGCGGUGCUGGCAAGGGAAAGACGAUGAUAUCCAUUGGUCUUAUCGAGGAGCUUUUGCGAUUCUGCAGCGACAAGUCGAGUGCGAUAACAUACUUCUUCUGCCAAAAUUCGGAUAACGAAUUCAAUACUCUCGAAGGCAUGAUGAAAGGUUUGAUUUUGCAGUUACUUCGCCAGCAACCAGCCCUUAUGGAGUGUCUGCGAUCCCGAUGGGAUGCUGCAAAAAGUUCUUUCGAUCAGGAUCUCACCUCGUGGAGAACUUUGUGGCACAUCCUUCUUGAGAUGAUAGACCAGUGUGACUGCGCAAAACUCUACUUAGUUUUGGAUGCUCUUGAUGAGUGCCAGGAUGGUGAUAUGGAUGAAUUCCUGAAGGCCCUAGUGCGAAAUGGGCUCCACUCUACUAUGAGAAUCAAAUGGCUUCUUACAAGCAGACCCCUGGACAGUGCAGAAAGAGCAUUGCUAGCAGGGCAUGAACAGAUUCAAUUGAGUCUCGAGCUAGAGUCAGAUCGUCUCUCUAGUGCGGUAAAAGCCUACGUAACUCACAAAGUGAAUGAACUUGGUCGUCAACAUGGGUACGAAAGAGCUUUGAAGAAGACGCUAGAAUUUCAGCUCCUCGAAAGAUCCGGCGGAACCUUUUUAUGGGUGAGUUUGGUGUGCAAGAGGCUUGAAGGUAUCUGUCCAGAAGAGGCCCUGGCUGCGAUUCAAAACACACCACACGGCCUAGAACCUCUAUAUAGGCAAGUAUUCAAACAAUUGAGCUGCGGUAGGACGAGAGAAGUACAAAUGUGCAUGCGACUACUCAAAGCGAUGAUGGUAGCAUACCGGCCACUGAAAAUGGGAGAAUUUGCGGCCAUUUCUGGCUUAGAAGAUGACGAUGACGUGAGUCUUAUGUCACUAAUUAUUCGGUGUGCUUCGUUUCUCAAGCUCCGAGGGGAGAGUCUUGAGUUCGUUCACCAGUCGGCCAGAGAUUAUCUAGCCGGAAAAGACACACAGCUUGCUUUUAACUCCCACGGAACAUUCGGACACUAUGAAUUUGUUCUGAACUGCCUAUCCUGCCUAUCUCAGUCUCUGAAGGUCAACCUUCUUGACCUACAACCCGACUCGAAUAUCGAUACGGUAAGAGCACUGAGGGAAAAUAAUGAAAGCACCGCAUUGGAUACUGUGGAGUACGCGGCUACCUUCUGGGGACAGCAUUUCCGGGAUAGUUAUCAUGUCAAUCCACGGAGCGACGCGAUUUGCAGGGACACAAUCAUUGACUUCCUCCACACAAAGCUGUUAGAGUGGCUAGAAUGCUUAAGCCUAUUAGAUAUACUCCCAGUUGCCAUGACAACUCUCCAACAUUUGGAAAACAUAUUCAAGGACGAACCUCCAUCACUUGCCUUUGUUAGCGAUUCCAUUCGCUUUGUCUCCUCGCACUAUGCUACCCUGGAAAAAUGGCCAAUACAGGUUUAUGCCUCUGCUUUAAUUUGGAGUCCUGAAUCAAGUGUCGUGAGAAAACGAAAUUUGGACCGACUCCCAUGGCUAAGGAGUGUUGCUGGUCUAGAAGCUACAUGGGGAUCUCGGGUACGGACAUUCAAAAUCAAUUGUUGGAUACAAUGGGCUGUUUCUUCAGACGGUAAGCAGCUCGCUACUUCCUCCAUGUCAAUCGCAAACUAUUCGAGGGGUACUCCUACUACCCAACACAUCUGUAUAUGGAAUAUCGCAACGGGAAUUCUGCAGCAAGAUUUUUCUUUGAAAUCCAACAACGUCAUCAGCCAAAUGUGCUUUUCAGAGGACAACAAAAAAAUAUUUUGGUUUUCAUGUUGUAGAAGAAAUUAUCUUCACUCAUGGGAAAUCACGAGUGGAGACGUUCAAAGCAUACCAGUCGAACAUCCAGGAUUCGGUAAAACCGUGGUCCUCUCACCGAUGAGCAUGCAGGUCGCAUCUAUAGUCUCUGGACAUGGAAUCCUUAUUUGGGACAUCGCAACUGGUAAACUUCGGACCCAUGUUUUGUUGAGACACUCAAUUUAUGACCAGAGACUUUUCUUCUCACUCGAUGGCAAUCGGGUAGUAUGCGAUGUUUCUGAUCGAGAAUUUCGCAUUUGGGAUACCGCAACCGGUCGACUCCAGAAGAAAUUGGUAAAGCCCCCAGGCUUUCUCCAUUGCUCAGCUCAUUCACCAGAUGGAUCUCAGAUGGCUUAUCAUUUCGAAAAGGGUGACACCAGAGAGUAUGAUAUUCUGAUUUGGAAUACUAUAUCAGGCCGUACUAGCCUGAUAGAAGCUGUAAAUCGUGGCGCUCGUAAUGAAGAAUGUCUGGCAUUCUCACCAGACGGCAAAAAGAUCGCAUACGGAUCCAAAUGCCAUGACUUUAUCUAUGUUUGGGAUCUUUCGACAAAUAGGCCCCACGUGAUAUUCUCGGAGAAGGCCCUCUCGGUUGUUCAAGCGUUGGCCUUUUGUUCAAGUGACAAGAUUAUAUCUUUCACAGCAGAGUGUCAAAUUGAUCUGUGGAAUAUGGAAACACUGUUGGAAAAACGGAGAGAAUCAUCACUUACAGACCCCAAAGAGGUGUCUUUUUCACACGAUGGCAAAAGUAUUGUGUGCUGUCAUUGGGAUAACUUCAUGGUUGUGGAUACCGGGACUGGUGUUACUCAGAAGACAAUACCGGUGCCGUUUAACAAAGGAGGCAUCCAAACAGCAAGAUUCUUACCCGGCGACGAGAAAAUUGUUGUUGGGCUCCUAGACGGUGUAUUUAUUUGGGAGGCCGCAACCAGUACUUUUCAAUGGCAAAGAGACGGUUUUGUCUACGGAAUAGCCGCAUCCCCAAAUGGCAAGUAUCCCGCGGGUAUCUUCGACGCGGACACGAUUCAAAUAUGGAAAAUCCGGACGGGAGCUCUUAAAAUGACACUCAAAUCCAACCAGGGCAAUUUUAGUUGUCUUGCCUUUUCUCCAGACAGCAAGAAAAUCGCAUCUUAUACAUCCAUUACUUGGGGCACAGGUGUUUAUAGAAAUCCGUUUGAUUUGAGAAUUUGGGACGUUUCUCGAUCUUUGAGGGCUUCCAAAUUCCUGGGAGACACUAUCAGCAGUCACAUCCCGUGUCAUAAACCCAAAAAGAUGAAAUUCCAAUUACAGACGCCCCGAAAAGUCCUGAAAUUUUCAUCGGAAGGCCAACACGUUUUGUCGAGCAAUGGUGCUUUUAUUGUGAACGACAUCCAUGAAAAAAGCGAAGAAAAGGAGGCUACUGAUGAUUUGCUACCCUAUCUCUAUCUCAGUAUAUAUGGGUGGAUAUGCUACGGAAGGCAAGCCUUUAUCAAGCUUCCACAGUCGACAAAAUCAUCUUGCCAAGAUCUGGGAGACGAAAAGAAUAGUCGUCGGGUUUGA